AUGAGUGGAGGUGGAGGCGGCGGCAGCUAUCUAUUGGGAACGUCUCCGAUUGUGGCGGCACCGUCACGCAGCGAAUCGCGACCGACACCACGAGGCGCUCCUCGGGGACUUGUUGUUCCGUUCAUGCACACAGCAAGACAGGUACGCUACGUGCACACCACCGAAAUGAAACGUCUGAUCGCCGAACUGGAUAGCCGACUGCAAGACUGUCGUAUGUUGGCUUCACCACGAUCGUCGUCCACUAUGAGCUCAUACGGAUCAUCAAAACGGCUAGGUCCAUACCAGAACCAAUAG